CUUACUAUUUGUUUAAGACUUAAUAUUUUCCUGCCUGUUGGACAAUGGUAUGUUUGAGGCAAUAGCAUAAAUAAGUUUUUUGGGGUAUCAUCUGAGGUGUUUGUAAGGAUCUUACUGUCCUAGGAUGUAUGCAAUAUGUAUCCUCCCUUCCUCACACUGAUGUAACAAUGGGGACUUUGUUAAGGCUUGUGUCCCGCCCACUUUGGUCAUAAUGAGAUUUAGGUUCAAGGAAGAACCUUCACAGUGUCAUUUGAAUUGAGACCGAUUCUGUAUCAGAAACCGUACUCAAGUUUCUAUUGCAGUGAUGUUGGAUCAGGUGGUCUUAAUAGCAGCUGUUACGGUGCUGGGACUUUUGGAACAAGCAUAUUUCUCUCUUAUGGUGAUCUAUGCUCGGAGGAAAUAUUCAGUCUCUCCUCCAGCCACUGCAGGACCACCAGAGUUUGAGAGGGUCUUUAGAGCACAGGUGAACUGUUCAGAAUAUUUCCCCAUAUUUAUCUUCUCUCUUUGGUUGGCUGGAGUUUUCUUCAGUCAAGCUAUGGCUGUGUUCAUUGGGCUUCUGUAUCUUUACGGACGGUUCCUGUACUUCCACGGUUACGCAGAAUCAUCUGAGGGCAGAUUGGAGCCUCUGUACUUCUGUGCAAAGGUUCAGUGGGCGCUGAUAGCUUUAGCUGGACUGGGUAUCAUCUGCACCAUGACUGAAGUUUAUCUUGGACUGGACAUGUUUCACACCUUAAGUCAUGUUUUGGGUCUCAAUGAACACUCAUAGACCAAAUGUGUUGGAUGUCUGUUUUCUCAUUUUACUGUAACUGUUUGUGUGUUGUUAUAUUUAAAGAAGGAAAUGUUUAACUUAUUUUUAUUUUACUUUAAUAUACAUUUAUGCAGUUUUUAUCCAAAGCAACUUACAGUGCAUUACAAGGUAUAAAUUUAUAUCAAUAUGCCAUGCGUUUUCCCUGGGUUUGAACCCAUGGCCUUUUGUGCUGCUUAUGCUGUGAUCUACCACUGAGCUAUAAAGAGUUGGCAUAAGUGUCAAUGCCAUGGUCAUUAUGGGUUUGAUGGCGGGGAAUGCGGCCCAUGCCUCAAACAAAUACAAUUAUUUUGAGAUGUUUGUGAAAUCUGAUUGUCGGGUGCUUUGUACUUUUUCCUUUGAACACUAAGUGGUGCAAUAAUGCUUUGUGAAUUUUUGUUCAUCUAGAAAUAACUUGUAAAAGUCUCUAUGAAAAUGUGAAUUUGCUGUAUUUAUUUCUUAUGCAUUUCUCUCUAAAAAUU